UGUAUUUGCACAAAGAGGUUAUUUAAACUGUGGCGAUUGUAAAAUUAGUAACACGGUAAGACAGAGAUGGCGUUUGGUUGAGAAUGAUUCGUUUAUUGAUUGGUUUGGUCUAUGCCUUUAAUUGGACAGUUGUAGUCUGUUAGAAGCUGAUUGGCUCUAACGGCAAUUCCAGACAACUGGUUGAUCGACACAACUCGAGUUGUGUAGUAAUUACUACACAGUUUACCUCGGGUGAUCUGCCGUUAAUUAGUCAUUUCAAUUUAGUUGUUAACGCAUAUAAUGCGUUUAUCUACUCGUAUUGAGUAAUUUUAAGUUGAAAGAGCUUGUAUAAAGUUAAUAGUCACCUGUGGGCACAUGUACCCAUAGAAACUGCGAACACCGUUUGUAAAAGACCGUGCUUGCUGUUUCCGAACUUUUUGUUGUUGUUGAAAUAAUUGAAACUUUGGACUUUUAAUUGUCAGUCUGGAGUAUUUUGCAACCUUGGUGUUUGCUUUAAUACUUGGAUAUCUCAAUUGUUUCUAUUCAGUCAAUAUUUGUUCCUAUUCAUAUAGCGACUUUUCAGGCUGCUAGGGAGAAUCGGCAAUCGGUUUGAUUCUUGGGAUCCGUAUGUUUGUUACAAUUGUCGUGCAGUUUAUGCUGUUCAGUGCCACAGUCACAUGAUUGCUAGCAAAAAUUUCGGAGUUAUCUUUCUCACAAGUAAUUCCCCUAAAUUAUUUAAAUUUCUAAAACUAAAUUAAAGAUCUAGGUUUCCUUCUGUAUACAGUCUUUUUAUAAAGCUUCCCUUGUAUGACGUAACAAUAGUUUGUAUUAGUCAAUAUGCAGUAACCGAGUCUUAAAAGCUUUAACGAGGUGACUUGCACUCAGUUGAAACUUUAAGUGAUAUAGCCCCGUAAUUUUAUGGAGAUGCUGAGAAAGAUUUGUAUUGUCGAAGUGCUACAAACCUGGUACAGUAGCACAUUUGAAUUUCUGGAAUUCAAUAUUCCAUAUGUAGGCUAAAUGUUGGAGUAUGAGUCGCUCAUCCGGUCAUCACCGUUUCCAAUUUUAAAUACGGUGAUUACGAUGUGUAUUCGUCAUGCCUUCGAUAGGAGUUCACGGUUAGAGUAUGGCACAACGUAUGAAAUUCCUUUGGCAAGACUAGAUCUUAGCAGGAACUACUCUGCAAAAUCAAAAAUGGCUAGGGAAUUUCCAAGGAACAGUAGGUUCCUCGUAUCCUGUGAAAAAGUAGCCUAUUAAUACCAUCUGUUCCAGAUUUCUGCAAGACUAUUGGCGCGCUUUGUAAGGUAACUUUAAUGUAUGAUAUAUUUGAAUUAUGUCUUCCUGUUGUCCAGUUAAAAACAUUGAUUAACUCUAAAGUUGUGAAAUAUGUGCUUAUUGCCUUCAGUGCAACAAAAUUGAAGUUUGGUGAAAACCCAGUGUAGUCUAACUAAUGGUAGAAGCCUUUAAUGCGCUAUAUAAACAGAGCUUUGCAGAAACAUUGGGAUACAAGCAAUUCUGAAGUUCCUUAAGGAUGAUGGUCCUGUUUCAUCAGUCAGACUUAUUAGUAUAUUGAAUGUAAUCUGGGAAGUAGGAGCUAUUCUGUUUGACCGGUCUCGAUCUUUGAUCGUUCCAGUUUAUGAGAAAAGACAAGUAAUUUUAUGACAAUCACAACGAAGUCAGCUUGACUAAUAUAAUAUCAAAAAUGCUAAUCGUUGCUCAACUGCAGCUUGAAAAGAGUAAACUCGGAAAAACUAAGCUAGUUCCAGACGUACGUAUGUGUACCAAGUGUAUACUAUUUGUCAAAUCUUAAACAUAAGCAUGCUUAUAGACUCUCGGUCACAAUGGUGUUCCUUGACAUUGGGAUAGGACUCGACUAAGUCGAGGUUUUGUGACGUUAUUAAAAGGUUUACUAAGGAAUUUCGAACCCUGGUCAAAUUAAAGCACGUGGCGAACUCAUUAAGAUUUUCAACCUCAAGUAGUGUUCGUCAGGGUUGUCCACUUUUUCCGUCAUUUAACUCCUUCACAGAUAUCAUCUCAGAGAUAACGCUCUCAUGAUGUGACUUCCCAGGAACUGGUAUCUUAAUAUGAAAAUCACUUGUUUACUUGAAAUACGCAAUUGAUGUUAUGAAUACAUUGACAAGAUACAGUCUUCUGACCACCUUAGGCGACAAUCCAAGCAUGUUUGGGAUGCGAUUUUGUCUCUAAAUACAAAAUGGACUAGUCUACACCAGUACCCGAACUAGUAAUAGGAAACGAAGUGUUCAAGUGCAUUGACCACUUAACUUAUUUGAAAAGUCUCAUCAGCCCGGGUUUAUUGGUUUUUGAUGAAAUCUCGACGCGGAUUCAGUAUUCUGGGUUCGCGUUUACUGAGUUGUGUCCAUACGCAAACUCAAGGACGAGUUUUAUGCUCAGUAGUUCACUCUUUUUCGUAGGUGUAAACCAUGGACUUUAAGACUAGAAGAUACUCAUGGGCUACUAGUAUAGAACCACAGAAGUCUUCGAAUCUGCUAGUGUAUUUUGGGACUAUCAAGUAAGCUAAAGUCAGGCACAAAUUAAUAAUUAGAAAUAUCAAGUCGGUUGAUAAGGUGGUAAACCAUCAUUAACUGAGGUAGUUAGAACAUGCUACAUAUACCCAACUACUGCCUACCUAGGUGCCAAUGUUUGAUCAAGGAGUAAGCUGAGAGCUAGCAAUGGUUAAUUCGAUCAUUGAUGUUAGUCUGUGAAAUCACUGACUGUUGGACUGAGUCAUGCUACGUAUUUGGCACCUACCCAUUUGGUAGAUUUGAUGUUUAUCUUCCCUUGGUCCCUGAAUCCCAAACGUACAUAUUUCAGUCUUUUUUUCUACUACUACUAUCAUUAAUUCUACAUCAUGGUAUUUUUUUUGAUAAUUUUAUCGCGUGUUAACUUGGUGUGGCUAUUCGAACCGGAGCACAUAUUUUACGUUCUACGUUGCUUAUGACUGAUCAACUAAAUGUCUUCAAGAGACUACAUUACUGAAGGAAGGAACAAACAAGGCUAAAAAACAUUGUGAUUGACUGUUUGUUUAUCAUUAAACGCAAUGCAUUCGUCCAGUUUGAAUUUUAUCGAGGGGAUUGAUGUUGCACAUUUGGUUUGCAUCAUUUUGUAUUAGACAUUUCGUUCACUUGUGUGAUUUAUUUUUCAGACUCAGUUCCCUAAACUGGUGGUGGAAAUUUAUUUGGAUCAAUUUCCGGCGUUUACAUAUGCGAUUACUUUGAUUUUCGAUCGGAUUACUGGGAAACGGCAUUCUUACUAGUCAUCAAGUCCUUUUUUAAUGCCUAGAAUAUGCACACUAAACUAUAUUAUUCUCUGUUCAGGAGUUGUCAUAACUAUUGCGCUGAUAUUCCUUGUUAGGUUGAACCAGUUGGAUGAGAAAAUUUUUCCUUACUCAAAGAGGUCUAAUGGUUCAGUUUGUGUAACGAAGGAUGGAGAAGUAACAUGUACAGAAAGCACACAUCAAAGCUUGUCAGACUCAUUUCGUCGCUUUAUGAUUUUUAAAUGUUCACUAAUUCUAUUGGCACUGUGCAGUCUUGCUAUAAUUUGUCACAGGCAUAAACGUUUAGACCAGAAACUAAUGCAGAAAGUCAACUUUCAGAUUGCAGCUGGUGUUUAGUAUCCUCUCAUGAAUCGUAUCUGAAUUCCUCACUGUGAUAGUCCUUUUUGUUGAUCUUAUGAUUUAAAUCAAUACUGUAACAAUGUACAUUUUAGAAUAUUAUUUUUUCUUAAGCAUCUAGUCAGACAUACUUUCUGAUGUUUGUUUAUUUAGGUGCCUUGGUCAUCACGCAAUGUACACUAUAUUCACGGAUAACCCUCAUGUUUUUAGGGUGACCUAGUAAUAAUCUGAUUGGUUAAUAUCAUUAUAGCGUUUCAAAAUUCUCAUAUUUCGAACACAAAUCGUGGUGUAAUAAUUAUAUUCUAACACAUUUGACAGUGUCUCAUCUAUUAACCAAACCAUUCAUGUAUACACGUCCUACUUUAUAUAACGUCAAAUUACUUAAAAUAAAAC